UCUGCGUCUUGCUCUGUCCCGUCUGUCGAGGUUUUUCCCUCUGGCCGCUAUUCUCGUCAUGGCGUCCUCGCUGUCCAAGGGCCCCGUUUUCUCGGCCAUUCGAUCCAGCAACGCUCCCUUCUCUGCCUUCCACUCCGGUCCGGCCAUUGCUACACCAUGCCAACGCCGAUACCUCUCCCAAUCCUCUCAGCGCAGUGCUGGCCUCCGCGGCAUGCCUCAGAACAUCUCCAUGCCAUCGCCUGCUCAACCUAGUAUGCGAACCCGGGGUAGGGGUAUGCCUAGGACGGAUCUCCCCCAGGACAUCGGACUUUUGCCGGGCACCUUCAUCCGGCCGCUUUGGAGAGACAUGCCCUCUAUCUUCCAGCAACCCUCGGAGCGUUUACAUAUGGAAUGGCUGUGGAUCAAGUCGGCUUUUCAGAACUUCGUUGGAAUCCUCGCCUACUGUAAAUGGCUCAACAAGGGACUUGCACUCAGACUGAGAGAGCGUCGACAGAUUGCUGCUGAAUACCACCAGAGGAUGUACACUGCAUUUGCCGCCGGCGAUACUUCUACCCUGCGCAAGGUGUGUUGCACCGGUCUUGCCAACCAGCUGAGCACCCGCAUCGCUGCUCGUCCCAAGGGCGAGCGUGUCACUUGGAACCUGGACAGUUACAUUCGCUCCCCGGGCACCUACUUCACCGGUGUUCGCGUCAUGUCGGAUCGUGCGACUCAGAUCCCCGAAAUCCCCAACUCCGGAGUUCGCCAGGUCGUCCUGCGCAUCACCAGCCGCCAGUCAAAGGGCACGACCAAGGCAUCUCCCAACGGUGCCCCCGCUGACAGCACCGCCGUGGCCAACAACACCAAGCAGCAGGACUGCACCGAAUACCUCGUCAUCCAGCAGUUCCGCUGGGCCGGUGAGGAAGACCAAUGGCGCGUCUGGGGUCACGCUACCCCCACGACCGUGGAAGACCUGGAGAGUCCCUUCUUCGCCCGUGGCAUGAGCUUGGCGGACCGCAUGGAGGCCAUGAAGGAGACGAUGACUGGAAAGAAAUAAGCCAGUCAACAUCCGAUCCUGAAACCCAAACCCACCAUUUGUAAAACAAGACCUGAGUACAACCCAAGCCCUCCUCUCCACUUAGGGGCCACUCCUUGAACCAGCAAACAAGGGCCGUGUGUGGUUUGCAAGGCCCGCAUUGCAUUGUAUUGAUACGCAGUGACGAAGCACAGCAUAAAAGUGUGUUCAUCUGUUAGCUUGGUAUCUGCUACUAUUACUACUUACUACUACACAUCAUCUCCCCCUCCCCUCCCCCCAAUCCUCUUGCAUCUGCCGUUGGCUGCGGAAUCAUCUCACUGCUGCUUCGCAUCCAAUUCGAUUCUUAUCAUGUGUUAUUGAGAACUACCCGAUACCAUGCAGUCGAUUGAUCCUUGCGCGCUUUUGUGUUCGUCGUUUGUUCCUUGUCUUUGACGACAGACGGACUAUAUCUGGGCUCAUAGCAUAUCAUUCUCGCUGCG